UGUCAGCGGGCGGGGCGCGCACCUGGCACCUGGGCGGCCGCGGCGGCGCGGGGCGACGGUUAGACGCGCGCGAUGGAGGGCGAGAGCCGGGGCCCGUGGGCCCUGGGGCUGCUGCGCACCUUCGACGCGGGCGAGUUCGCGGGCUGGGAGAAGGUCGGCUCGGGCGGCUUCGGGCAGGUGUACAAGGUGCGCCACGUCCACUGGAAGACAUGGCUCGCCAUCAAGUGCUCGCCGAGCCUGCACGUCGACGACAGGGAGCGCAUGGAACUUCUGGAAGAAGCCAAGAAGAUGGAGAUGGCCAAGUUCCGUUACAUCCUGCCCGUGUACGGCAUCUGCCGGGAGCCCGUGGGCCUGGUCAUGGAGUACAUGGAGACCGGCUCCCUGGAGAAGCUGCUGGCCUCCGAGCCGCUGCCCUGGGACCUGCGCUUCCGCAUCAUCCAUGAGACGGCCGUGGGCAUGAACUUCCUGCACUGCAUGGCCCCGCCGCUCCUGCACCUGGACCUCAAGCCCGCCAACAUCCUGCUGGACGCCCACUACCAUGUCAAGAUUUCUGACUUCGGGCUGGCCAAGUGCAACGGGCUGUCCCACUCGCAUGACCUCAGCAUGGACGGCCUAUUCGGCACCAUCGCCUACCUCCCUCCAGAGCGCAUCCGGGAGAAGAGCCGGCUCUUUGACACCAAGCAUGACGUGUACAGCUUUGCCAUCGUGAUCUGGGGUGUGCUCACGCAGAAGAAGCCGUUUGCAGACGAGAAAAACAUCCUGCACAUCAUGGUGAGAGUGGUGAAGGGCCACAGGCCGGAGCUGCCGCCUGUCUGCAGAUCCCGGCCGCGCGCCUGCGGGAGCCUCCUUCGCCUCAUGCAACGCUGUUGGCACGGGGACCCCCGGGAGCGGCCCAGCUUCCAAGAAAUCACUUCUGAAACUGAAGACCUGUGCGAAAAACCUGAUGAGGAGGUAAAAGAGACAACUCAAGACCCAGAUGUGAGAGACCCGCCUGAUGCUGAGGCUGAGCCUCCCGUGCCCACCCCACUGAAGCGUGCCUCUGCCCCCACCUUCGACAACGAUUACAGCCUCUCCGAGCUGCUGUCCCAGCUGGACUCUGGCAUCUCCCAGACCCUUGAGGGCCCGGAAGAGCUCAGCCGCAGCUCCUCCGAGUCCAAACUUCCGUCAGCGAGCAGCGGCAAGAGGCUCUCGGGGGUGUCCUCUGUGGAUUCUGCUUUCUCCUCCCGAGGGUCACUGUCCUUGUCUUUCGAGAGGGAGCCUUCAACGAGUGACCUUGGCACCACGGACAUCCAGAAGAAGAAGCUGGUGGACGCCAUCGUGAGUGGGGACACCAGCAGGCUAAUGAAGAUCCUGCAGCCCCAGGACGUGGACCUGGUCCUGGAUGGGGGUGCCAGUCUGCUGCACCUGGCCGUGGAGGCCGGGCAGGAGGACUGUGUCAAGUGGCUGCUGCUCAACAAUGCCAACCCCAACCUCACCAACAGGAGGGGCUCCACCCCGCUGCACGUGGCCGUGGAGAAACGGGUGCGGGGCAUCGUAGAGCUCCUGCUGGCCCGGAAGAUCAGUGUCAACGCCGCAGAUGAGGACCAGUGGACGGCCCUGCACUUCGCGGCCCAGAACGGGGAUGAGGGCAGCACGCGGCUGCUGCUGGAGAAGAAUGCCUCCGUGCACGAGGCAGACUGCGAGGGCCGGACGCCCAUGCAUGUGGCCUGCCAGCACGGCCAGGAGGGCGUUGUGCGGAUCCUGCUGCGCCGUGGCGUGGAUGCAGGCCUGCCGGGGAAGGACGCCUGGGUGCCACUGCACUACGCCGCCUGGCAGGGCCACCUGCCCAUCGUCAAGCUGCUGGCCAAGCAGCCAGGGGUGAGCGUGGACGCCCAGACGCUGGACGGGAGGACACCCCUGCACCUGGCUGCCCAGCGCGGGCACUACCGUGUGGCCCGCGUCCUCAUUGACCUACACUCCGAUGUCAAUGUGUGCAACCUGCUGGCGCAGACGCCGCUUCAUGUGGCCGCAGAGACGGGCCACACAAGCACGGCCAGGCUGCUCCUGCACCGGGGCGCCCACAGAGAGGCAGUGACUGCAGAGGGCUGCACUGCUCUGCACCUGGCCGCCCGCAAUGGGCACCUGGCAACCGUCAAGCUGCUGGUGGAGGAGCGGGCCAACAUGCUGGCCCGGGGGCCCCGCAGCCAGACGGCACUGCACCUGGCUGCUGCCGGCGGGCACUCAGAGGUGGUGGAGGAGCUGGUCAGCACCGACGUGCUCGACCUGUCCGAUGAGCAGGGCCUCAGCGCGCUGCACCUGGCCGCCCAGGGCCGACAUACCAAGACAGUGGAGACUCUGCUCAGACACGGAGCCCACGUCAACCUACAGAGCCUCAAGUUCCAGGGCGGCCCCAGUCCCACCGCCACGCUCCUCCGGCGGAGCAAGACCUAGCCUGCUGACACAGGAGACGGGGCCCAGCAGGGUUCCUGUCCCAGCGUCGUGCUCUGCUCGUCACGUCCGUGGCCUGCGGGACACUGACCAAGCUUAGGCGUUACCCGCCCUCCCGGUGAGGUUGAUCAGUGUGCUUGGCCGCUGCUAGUGGGCACCCGUGUCGGAGGGAUGGUGGUCCAGAGGCAUUUGGUUGUGUCCCUCACUCCUGAUGUUGGUCCCUCGGUGACAGAGCCGGCAGCCUGAGCGGCUGCCCGGAGUCCACGGGAACGCAGGUGUGGGAGGAGCUGAAUCUUUUGUCUCCAUUUGCAGCAGUGAAGAAGCUUGCUCCACAGAGUUUGAGUGGGAUUGUUUUAUAGAAUAUCGUUAAUGGAUGAAGAGUGGCAGCUAUCGCUUGAGAUCUGUUAAAAGCACUCACUUCGGGGACUUCCCUGGUGGUCCAGUGGCUAAGACUCCAUGCUCACGAUGCAAGGGGCCUGAGUUUGAGCCCUGGUCACAGAAGUGGAUCCCACGCGCUACAAUUGAAGAUCGUGCAUGUACAACUAAGACAUUGUGCAGCCAAAUAGAUAAUGAAAAUUUAAAUAAAAAGUAGGUUAAUCUAGUUUGUGGGCAACGAGCAUAAACUGAUAAGUUGGUUUUUUAAAACAAAAGCAGUCGUCUCACUGGCCCUUCUACACCCAAGUUUGUUUGUCCAUCGCUCUGUCCUUGUGGGUGGCCACACAUGGAUGCCAGCCAUGGUACCUGCCUUUGUUCAUUUCAUGUUGCAUAAAAUAUUUGAACUCUAAAGUCAGCUGUCCAAAAGUCAGCACACAGCCUCAGUUCUGGACUCAGAACAGUGUUACUGAGUUCAGUGACCCAGCUUUCAUGUCCUUUUCUCUCCAGUUCUUAUUUUUGGAGAGACGGUGGUUUGUGGCGAGUGAUGCUGUGUUGGGGUCUCCUGACUUGCUUUACAAACAGCUACACUGUGCAGGGGCCUCAGCUUUCGGGGUGUGACCCCCGAGACGACUGCAGGAGACAGCCUCAUGGUCUCGGCUAUAAAAGCACUGUUCCUUCAUCGUCAGGGGUGUCUCGCACCUCCCGCCGAUGCUGUUGUGAGAGUCAGUUUGCUGAAGGGCCGCAGCCUGUAUGCACACAUGCCCCUUAGCCUGGUGUAUGAAGCAGAGAUUGAUAUUAAUGUACCGUGUAUGUUAAUGUGAAUCUGUGGGCAGGUUACUUCUUUUCUAUAACAGGAAAUAUCCCGACUGCUUAGAACUGGCUAUGUUUUAAUACGCCUUGUGCUUUACUACGUUAUAUUACUGUUGGAUGUAGAACGCGUGGAAGAAAGCCUGCUUGAUGUCAAUAAAGCUGAGUUCUCUUCCUA